AGAGCUCGGCUCAGCCAUGUCGUCGUUUGGGGACUCUGGGCUACAGAGCGCGAAAUGCUCGCGUUCUGCGCCCUUUUCGCGCUGUCUUCCGCGGCGCGGGUGAAUGAGCACGCCUUCCCUGGCUGCAAAGGCGGCUCCGUGCACCUCAGGGGGGAGUACAAGGUGGCAUCUCAGCUCCUCGUCGAGGAGCAUUGCAUCGUUCACGGCGAGGAUGCGGUGAUCUUGCUAGAGAAGUCGCUCCACUUCCUGGGCAACGUCUCCUUCCUCGGCCGCUUCCGAUUCAUCGGGGUGGGGCACCGGGAAGGACAGGACCGCUGCGUCGACGUGGAGGGCCACGCGUUCUUCGAGGACGCGGAGGCGAAGUUCGUGCACUGCGGCAGCCUGGCCACGGAAGACGGAGGCGGGUUGUACGUGGAGCGCAGCCUCGGCUUCCGGCGGAGCAACGUGUCCUUCCAGCACUGCCAAGCAGAGGUGGGGGGCGCGCUGGCCUUGGGCGGGAACCUCUCGGUGGACGACUCGCAGCUCCAGUUUCACCAUUGCCGGGCGUCGGAGGGCGCAGGAGUUUACGUCUACGGCUCCAUGUCGGUGCUUCAGAGCGCGGUGAGCUUUGAGCACUGCGAGGCCACCGAGGGGGGCGGCGCCGGGAUCAUGAAUCGGAACGGCUCCAUCUUCGCAGGCCCCGGCGCGCACCUGAGCUUCCGGAGCUGCAGCGCGCACAUCGGGGCAGGAAUCUACGUCUUCUCGCGCGGCCAACUGUUUCAGUCCGCUGGCACCAUGACCUUCACAGACUGCACCGCCAGGCGCGCCGAGGGUGGCGCGAUCUUCGCCAGAGAAAUUGUGCAAGGCCCUGAUGCGCGGAUGGACCUCCUCCGCUGCAGUGCGCCGCACGCUGCAGGUGGCGGCAUCCACGGAAUCCUGGUGCUGCUGGCGGGAGUUGCCACCUUCGAGCAGAUGAGCGCCACCUACGGAGGGGCGAUCCGCGUGGAAAAGUCCUUGAUUCUGAAGGGCAACAUCAGCAUCAGGAGUGCCACCGCCGCCGCGACGGGCGGAGCCAUUCUAUCUCGGAAGGUCUUCCUCAAGGGCGGUGAGAUACGGAUGCGUCACACCAGCGCCCUAGAGCAGGGUGGGGCCAUCUCCGCCAACUUCUUGAAUCUCUACGAAGGUGAGAUGCACUUGCAGGACACCUACUCACCACACUCUGGCGCAAUCGCCUGCCACAAUCGUAUGCGACAGCUGGGCGGCCGCCUCAGCAUCUCCAACGCCAGCGCGGAGUAUGCCGGGGGCAUCGCCACAGCCUGGAUGUUGCUGGAAGCGGGGCAGAUUCACAUCUCUGACGUGGUGUCCAGAGGCGUUUAUUCCCUUGGAGGAGCCUUUACUAUCGAGAAGGGCGCCGUGCUGGGAGAGCAUGCAGAGCUCAUUAUUGAGAAUGCCUUCUCAGGAGGUGGCGGAGGCGCCAUUGCGGCGCGGCUCUUUAUUUGCCGUGGCAAUCUCACCGUCAGAAAUGCUGAGGCCUUCGGAGCCGGAGGUGGAGUUUACGUUAAGGAGAUGUUCCGGAGGGACAGGAAGUUCCAUCUCCAAAGCACCGAGACGGCGCCGUCGGCCACCACGGCGCGCCUGGCCACGGACUUGAUCUCCAAGUGGCGCAAUGGCACCAGGACAGCCACGCUCCUGACACCCAAUCUGUUGCUGCUGUGGGGCAAGACCAGCUUCCAGUCCUGCCGCGCGCAGUGGGGCGGCGCCAUCUUCUCCGCAGGUGACGUGAGGCUUGCGACGGCCGCGAGCUUCGUCGACUGCACCACCCGAGAUGUUCGAUCAGGCGCAGCGAUCCACGCGAGGAGAUUGGAGAGCUCGGUGGACCUUCUGGUGGCCAACUGCACUUCCCCAGAGGGCGGAGUCAUCAUCACCACCUUCGCCGUGGAUCUUCCCAGCGCGGACUUCGUCAACACCACGGCGCCGCAGGUGGUGAGCUACAACUUCACCGCGGAGAAGCUGCGGUUCACCGGCGGCAGCAACGGGGUGAUGCUUAUGGCCCACCACAGGCAAUUGGGGGAGGUGAGCUGCGACAACGGCCUCGAAGGCCAUGUGGACGACUUCAAGACGGAAUGUCGCCCCUGCCGGAUGGGGUAUUUUCAGCUGCGCGGGGCGCCGCACAUCACCAACACCACGGUCUUCGGCCACGAGUGCGUGAAGGCGCCAAAGGGCUCGAUGCACCUGCCGAACGGCCUCAGAAUCAGGCCUGGGUAUAUGGUGGAUCAGAGCAAUGUGUCAGUCAGCCUCCACUGCCCCAACCAGAUGGCCUGCCCCGGUGGCAACAUCACCUCUUCGGGGUGGACGCCCAUGUGCAGGGAGGGAUAUGCAGGCCUUGGCUGCACCGAGUGCAACUAUUCCACCCAUGGCCGCGCCGUGAACGACCCCUUCGAUUGCACGUUCUGCGCAGAGCAGCGCUCGGUUCAGCUCCUGCAGUGGGCCCGCUUCGUGCUGCAACACUCCGUGCUCUUCGCGGUCUCAGCUUCAGGCGUGAUCUUCUCGGGGCAAGAGAGCUACAAGAGCACCAUCCUCACCAACCAGCUGAUGUCCUACGUCACGGUCUCCGUGCCAGUCAUUUGCACCGUCAGCAACUCCCAGAGCUUCCACAUGUUGACGGAUGGCGUGCAGGCGGUGGUAGAGGCGCUCUCUUUGCCGGUGGACAUCGCCAACUCUGGCAGCGGUGAAGGGCAGUCUGUCCAGUGCCUGCUGGGCUACGUGGGCAUUUCCAAGACGCUGUACAACGCCGACAUUUUGGUCCUGGUCCUUGCGAUCUGCCUGCUGCUGUGCUUGGCACGGUCGGUGGACUUUUGCUCGGCCAUCGUGGUCACCGCGAACUGCUACCUGCCGCGCCUUUGCUUCGCCUUCGGAAGGCACUUGGUGUGCUACCGUCUGGAGAUGGAGAAAAAGGGCGGCGCCCUGCACUGCGGCUUCGGGGAAGACGCGAGCGUCUCGCGGCCUGUGGCGCUGGCGCUGGCAGUCACUGCCUUCACGCUGGGCUGCGGCAGUUGGAUGACUUUGAUCCACCUCCGUCGCUUGAUCCCCAGCCCAGGUAUCUCCUACCUCAUUAGCCCCUACACAGAAGAGUGCACCAUGUGGGAGGUCUCCGUUCUGGCGCGGAAGAUGCUGAUCAUGUUCACCACCGCCGUGUAUCCCUCCACGUUGAACCCUGCAAUGCAGAUGGAAUGGAUCAGUGUCAUCUUGCUCACGGCCUUGAUUGCCACUUUGCGGAAGGCGCCGUACGUCUCCAAGGACUGGAACCUCACAGAGGAGAUUCUGCUGGCCUUGUCUCUCUUAAUGGUGAUCACGACCUCUUGCUUCCACGCCAAUGAGACCUAUUGGGCGAGGGACGACAGGACCCAGAACGUCACCAUGCUGGGGAUACUCACGCUUGCCGUAGGACCUGCCAUGGUGAUGUCGCUCCGCAUCACCGUGGAGCUGAUCCGCGAGGUCCUCGAGAUGUUCAGCGAGAAUGCGGAGACGGAGGGCGAGAAGGGCCAGUGAGCCCAUUCCGCAACAGCUUGGGUAAAUGAAGGGUACUUCGCAAGGCACGAUCUUAGCC